AGAUGGAGAUUUUCAUAACUCUACUAGGUGGUCAAACUGGAUCUUCGGAAUAUGUUAAUGUUGAUCUGCCAUUUCUAGCUAGGCUUGGAUCUGACGCAAUUGUCAACGCCAUGGUAGUCACUCAACUGUACCAUCUAUUUAAGAAGACAGAACGAGGUUAAGAAGGAAUAUUUAUUAAAAAAAUAUAAUCUUCACUUAUACAGGUACAAGGCUAUAUAAUAGUCUGUACAUAAUUACAU